UUUCGCCUCAAGUAUCACUCAGAUCCUCUCUCUGCGCGAAGUAGGAGUGAUCGUCCCAGAACUCUGCCAUGAUGAGAUCCUUGUGCAUUGCUCUGCUUGCGGCAGCUGUGGGACUUUACCUGCUUCCUUCUCCCAUCGACCCCAAACCACACAUAUUGAAAGGCCCCCCUCCCUCCCUGGAGGGUCCGCUGGCUCCAAACACUCGCCUGCAGGCCGGACGCCGACUGUUCACAGGCAAAUUACAGGGGCCUGAAUCCUUCACUGCUGAUGAGGAGGGAAAUGUUUACACCGGGACAGUGGACGGGAAGCUGUGGCGGAUUGGACCCGAUGACAGCCUGAGCUUCAUCACACAAAUGGGCCAGAACCUUCCAGAAUGUGGCAGCAGUAUGGAUUUCGAGCCCGUCUGCGGUCGUCCUCACGGUGUUCGUCUUGAUCGUCAUGGUCAACUGAUUGUGGCGGAUUCCUACAUCGGACUGCACAGCGUGAACCCAGAAACUGGGGAUAAAACUCUGCUACUGCCGAAUUCAAAAGGUGCCGAUGGCGUUCCAUUUGCCUUUCUGAACGGACUGGAGAUCUCAUCCGAGGAUGGAACCAUAUACUUCACCGACUCGUCCAGUCGCUGGGGUCGGAGACACGUCAAACUGGAGGUCAUCGAGCUGAACAGACUCGGCCGCCUGUUGGCCUUUGACCCUCAGACAGGAAGUGUUAAGGUUCUACUGGAUUCGCUCUACAUGCCCAACGGCAUCGCUCUGUCACCUGAUGAAAGCUUCCUGCUGCUUGCAGAGACCAGCAUCGGACGCAUCCUGAGAGUUUGGCUCAAAGGUCACAAGGCAGGAACCAAGGAGGUGGUCAUGGACAACAUGAUCGGUUACCCUGACAACAUCAGGCUGAGUGACCACGGAACGUUCCUAGUGGGAAUAACCACGCCUCGCUUCAGGAGGUUCUUGCCGCCCUUCCUGGACAUGAUCGCUCCGUAUCCAGCUGUCAAGCGCUUCCUCGCCAAGGUGAUUCCAUUGAGCUGGUACAACAUCCUGCUGCCCCGCUACGCUCUGGUGCUGGAGUUGGGGCUGGACGGGGAACUUGUUGGGUCUCUGCACGACCCUGAGGGCCGGCUGACCUGGGCCAUCAGUGACGUCUUCCAGCACAGAGGGAGAACGUACCUGGGCAGCACCGACCUGCCGUUCCUCCCAGUCAUCGAGGAGCAGCGCUGACUGUUGCUGACUUUUAAUUCCCAAACGCUCUCUGGAUGUCUUGAACCUGAUGCUACUGUUCAGCCUCUGGACUCAUGAAGCAGGAGAACUGAUCUGAUCAGUGUUGGGGGCAUGAAGGAUUACAAUUAACCAUUUUACUUAAAAUGUGACGUAGAACAUGGAGGAUCACACACACCUAUGGGGCGUGGUCACGGCGCUGAACUAGCUCAUGCAGAUAGCAAACGCUAAAUAACUACAUCUAGUUCAUUCCUACGAGAUGCACAUGUUGCGUCCAUCCAAAUUCUAACUUUGUUCUGUACAUAUGAAGUGAUUUCCCUUCAAUAUAGUGCCGUUUUUCACCUCAUGCUGCUGAGACCGUUUCUAAUGUGAGUCCCUGCUGCAUUCACAGACUGUUGGACAUUCUGGUGACAUUGAGGUUUAAUGACCAACAAGCCACAAAGGUAUUCCUCUUCUUUUCUUCCACAGUGCUUGAACAAAAAAACAAAAGUGAGUCUGAAGCUGUUGUCUAAUAAAAAGAAUAUUUUUGUCAUGUGUAUUCACUUCUGGUGUGUAUAGGAUUACUCACGAAAAAAAAAAAAAAAAAGUAAAAUAUAUUAAAAUGUGAACUCAGUUUGGGGAAGAGCAUCAUCUAGGAACUCAGUUUUGCUUCUUCACUUUGAAACACAGCACUUAAAUGAAAUAACAGCAAUCACAACUCACAUCUAGAGAAUUUAUUUGGACGAAUAAAGAAGCACAAAAACAACAUUUUAAUCAUCAUCGUCUUCAUCACAAUUAGAAAGUGCAUCAGUAAAAUUAAUUCCAGAGGUGCUUUAAAACAAAACAAAACAAAACAUAAGUCUCACAUGAAACAGAAUGAGUU